CUCUAAGCUAACAGAACAACAUGCUUGUGUUACCUGAGUUAAUUCCACAACAUUUGGAACCUGCUCGCAGAGGAGCAGGGUUACAAGGAGACUGAAGCAGCAGCUCAUUAGGAGAAACAAUCUCAGGCAACAGAAAUGGACUGGAAACUUCACUCUGUGCAGUAUUUUUUGCGGGACAUAUUUAUAAUCUUGGCGCUUUAUUUCCACACAUGUGGGACAGGGCAAAACACAACUGUAUCUAUGGGCACAAAAGGAGACAACUCCACAGUGGUAUAUGAAACAACGACAGAUCGUACCACGGCUGCCCCUCUCACUGCUUCCCCGUUUGAGAGCACAACCGCCUUAGCCGCCAGCACGGUGGAAGAGCCAAGCCCUACGAUCUCUCCCGUAGCCGAGACGAGCACAACACAAGGCACCAGUGCACCAGUAUCUACAGAAGUUGCGUUUUCUUCAUCUGAUACCAAUCUCAGUCCUUCAGCCUCUGGUAAUGGAGCAACAACAGCUACUUCAGCACCAGAAAACGGGACCAUAGUCAUUGUUUCAAAUGGCUUUCGAUCCGAACUGGCAUAUUCUCCAACAAGUGCUCCCCACUCUCCAUCCAGCGCAACUGGCAGCAGUAUUGCACCCAUUGAGAAAUCUGCAACUUCCUCUGUUGGCCAUGGUGUAGCCGAGACAUCAACAUCCUUCAGCACAGCUGCUGCACAAGAGCGCCUUACAUCUUCUUCUUUCCCCAGUUUCCCAGGGAGUACAGUAACAAGUACUACUACUCCAGUGGAACUGACAACCACGGUUCCUCUGCCUACCAGCACCAUCAGUGGGAGAGUCACAGUUGUAGAGACAUCUCCUGAGUCAGAGGCAUCCACAUCUCCCGUAGAGAGCACAUCGCCAACACAGAAGACGACAAGCGUGACCCUGAGUACAGUGGCGGAGACCACCACAGUUUCCGUAGCUCCAACUUCGCUACCUGAAAGCACAGCUUUAGCCAGCUCUACCGCCGCAGAAACAUCCGCCUCUCGUGCAGAGACAACUACUGCAGCUGAAAGUACAGCAAUUCCUAGUGCUGGUACAACAGAAGGGACAACGACAUCAGAAUCACCUAGCAGUACACUUCCUAAAAGCACUGCUCAAGCAACCUCAAGUGGGCCACAGACCUCCACAGCUCCACUGGCGACCACUUCCUCCCCUGAGACUACACUGACUGUCAGUCCUUCUACUGCCGAGGAGACAACCAUGGUUUCCCUCCUUAGUACGUCACAGUCUGAGAGCACAGCUGCAGCCACCUCUACCACAGGUAUACCAUCAACCUCUCCCGGAGGGACCACUUCUACAGCCGAAACUACAGCAAUAACUAGUGCUACUGCAAUAGAAAGGACAACUACAAUUCCUCUUCUGACGACCACCCUACCCGAGAGCACCACUACAGCCUCCACUUCCAUUCCGGAGACCUCCACAUCUCUUCCGGAUACCACAUCCCCAGCAGAUACCACAGUAACAUCGACGAGUGCUCCAGUGGAACUGACAACCACGGUUCCUCUGCCUAGCAGCACCAUCAGUGGGAGCACAGCUGCAGAGACAUCUCCUGCAUCAGACACAUCCACAUCUCCCGCAGAGAGCACAUCACCAAGAGAGAAGUCGACCAGCGCGACUCUGAGUACAGUGGCGGAGACCACCACAGUUUCCGUACCUCCAACUUCGCUACCUGAAAGCACAACUUUAGCCAGCUCUACCGCCGCAGAAACAUCCACCUCUCGUGCAGAGACAACUACUGCAGCUGAAAGUACAGCAAUUCCUAGUGCUGGUACAACAGAAGGGACAACGACAGCAGAAUUACCUAGCAGUACACUUCCUACAAGCACUGCUCAAGCAACCUCAAGUGGGCCACAGACCUCCACAGCUCCACUGGCGACCACUUCCUCCCCUGAGACUACACCGACUGUCAGUCCUUCUACUGCUGAGGAGACAACCAUGGUUUCCCUCUUUAGUACGUCAGGGUCUGAGAGCACAACUGCAGCCACCUCUACCACAG